AGGUUGCUACGUAUUUAGUCUGCGUCAAACAAUUUAACAGUCCACCACAGGCUGACGAGGAAAACAUCGUAUCGUUUAUCUAAGACGUACUUGUGUUGAAGCCUUUAUAAGGCAUAUUUGUUUUCUUUCAUUAGUCUACCACAUUUUGAAGGUUAGAGAUGUCUCUGGCGGACGAGCUCCUGGCAGAUUUGGAGGAGGCCGGAGAUGAGGGGGAGGACGGGUUGUAUCCAGAGGAAGAGGAGGGGGAUAGUGAUGGAGAAGCAACACAGGGAAGGACAGAGGGAGGGCUGGAAGACAUCCAAGAGGAGAUGGAGGUGGACUACAGUAAAGCUGAGAGUGUUGCGUCCAUCGCCAAGCUCCGCAAUAGCAAACAGUUUUCUGAGAUUAUGGAGAAAAUUUCAAAGUAUAGUGGAAAGCAGCGCAGGAACUCAGAGGUCUCGGGGCCAGUUGAGUCUGACCCAGAAUACAGAUUGAUCGUUGCAGCCAAUAACCUCACAGUUGAGAUCGACAAUGAGCUCAAUAUCAUUCACAAGUUUACUCGGGACAAGUACUCCAAGAGGUUCCCAGAGCUCGAGUCUCUGGUGCCAGAUUCUCUAGAUUAUGUCCGCACAGUCAAGGAAUUGGGAAACAAUCUAGAGAAGUGCAAGACUAAUGAAACUCUGCAGCAAAUCCUCACCAAUGCCACUAUUAUGGUUGUCAGUGUCACAGCCUCGACCACACAGGGGACACUGCUAAGUGAGGAUGAACUGAAGCAACUGGAGGAGUCAUGUGACAUGGCUCUGGAGCUGAACCAGUCUAAACACAGGAUAUAUGAAUAUGUAGAGUCCCGAAUGUCAUUCAUUGCCCCAAAUCUGUCCAUCAUUGUUGGAGCGUCAACCGCAGCCAAGAUCAUGGGUAUCGCUGGCGGCCUCACUAACCUCUCCAAGAUGCCCGCCUGUAAUCUGAUGCUGCUGGGAGCUCAGAGAAGAACCCUGUCCGGCUUCAGCAGUACCUCCCUGCUGCCCCACACCGGCUACAUCUACCACUGUGAUGUUGUGCAGUCACUGCCACCUGACCUCAGGAGGAAGGCAGCUCGUCUUGUGUCUGCAAAGUGCACUCUGGCUUCCCGAGUGGACAGUUUCCAUGAGAGUUCAGCCGGCAAGGUUGGCUACGAUCUAAAAGAAGAAAUAGAAAGGAAGUUUGAUAAGUGGCAGGAACCUCCGCCAGUGAAGCAGGUCAAACCGCUGCCAGCCCCACUGGAUGGACAGAGGAAGAAGAGAGGAGGAAGGAGGUAUCGAAAGAUGAAGGAGCGUCUGGGACUGACGGAGAUCAGGAAACAUGCUAACAGGAUGACCUUCGCAGAGAUUGAAGACGAUGCUUAUCAGGAGGAUCUGGGCUUCAGUCUUGGUCAGCUGGGGAAGAGCGGCAGCGGGCGCGUCAGGCAGGCUCAGGUCAACGAGGCCACCAAAGCCAGAAUCUCCAAAUCUCUCCAGAGAACUUUGCAGAAGCAGAGCAUGACCUACGGAGGAAAGUCCACAGUCAGAGACCGCUCCUCAGGAACCAGCUCCAGUGUAGCGUUCACUCCCCUUCAGGGGCUGGAGAUUGUGAACCCUCAGGCUGCAGAGAAGAAGGUGGCUGAAGCCAACCAGAAAUACUUCUCGAACAUGGCGGAGUUCCUCAAAGUCAAGAAGGAAGCUAAGAUGUGAAUACGCACAUCACACACCAGCAUCCCACACACGGAUAGUUGCACUCAACACUGUAAAGUGAUAGUAUAUUUUCAAAUUCGUUUGACAUUGUGCUUUGUCCUGUAUUUUGUUUUUACUUUGAUUUUAAUAAAACGUGUAAGGAUUUCA